UUCUUGCACCAGCGACUCACAUGCGUUUUUAUUCAAGGUUAUGUUUUCUCACUGUGAUUUCUAAUGUAUGUUUCAAUUGUAUUCGUUUGUAAAGAUGUAUAAAUUGUUGCAAGUCCCGAUACGUGAACUUGUUACUUGUAAAUGUUCUCGACAUCUUUCAGUUCCAUGUCUAUCUGUAAAGCAUAGGACCAAAUGGAUAUCAUCACCUGCUCUACCAAGGCAGUAUACUUCUGUGUUAGGAGGAAGCGUUUUCCAUCAGGCACUUCCUUUUGUAUUGAAUGGCACAUGGAUGACCAGGUUUUACAGCACUGCAAGAGGAGCAAGCGGUGAAACUCAAGAGUUGGGUAAAAAUGUAAAAAAUCAGGGGACACACGCCUCUAUAGAGCCAGAAAAAGAGGAGGAAUUUGUUUUCAUGGACUACAUUGAGCCAGAAGAUAGUCACGUUGACCAACUUCGUGGUCAGCUCCAUGUGAAUGCUGUCCCCAUGAUUUCCAAAGAAGACGAGAGGUUGCCGCCGAGGUCAGGCUCCGAGAAGCAGCAGAGAACUCUGGAGCAACAGCUGCGGUCAUUGAAAGAUGGGACCGUCACUAAACUGGAGACGGUGAGCCCUGAUUCUCUCAUAGAGUUUCAUGAUGUAGGGUUCCCUCUCAAGGAAACAAGUAAGAAAAAGAAACUUAAAGGACAGCAGAGAAUCUAUGGUACACCAGAUAUGGAGGAACCUGUCAGUGACACCUGCUGCAACGGAUGUGGCGCAGUCAUGCACUGCAUUGCACCUGAUGUGGCAGGCUAUCUUCCAAGUGAGAAGUAUAAACUUUUGCUAGAGGAAGACGAAUUGAAAAAGGCAAUUUGUCAACGUUGCUACUUGCUCACACACCACCAAAAGGCAUUGACUGUCAAGAUGUCCAAGGAGGAAUAUCGGGAUAUAGUCCGCAGGGUCAAAUCAGAGAAAGCAUUGGUACUGUUGAUUGUGGAUCUUCUGGACAUCCCAGACUCCAUAGUACCAGACUUGCUAGAGCUUGUUGGCGAAAACAAACACAUAGUGGUUCUGGGUAAUAAAGUGGACUUGCUCCCUGGAGACUCUGAAAACUACUUGCAAAGGAUUAAACGUCAGCUUUCCAUGUACUGUGCUGAUGUAGGCAUUUCCAGUGAUAAUAUCAAAGAUACCCACCUCAUCAGUGCCAAAACAGGAUACGGAAUAGAAAAUCUCAUCUCAAGUCUUCAGAGAUCGUGGAAGUACAUGGGAGACGUGUAUCUGGUAGGAACAGCCAACGCUGGGAAAUCCACACUGUUCAACAGUCUACUAGAGUCCGACUACUGCAAAUCCAGGGCCUCAGAUGUGAUCCACAAAGCUACCAUAUCUCCAUGGCCUGGUACAACCCUGAACCUCCUGAAGUUCCCCAUCAUCAACCCCACCCCGUAUCGCAUGUUCAGGAGGUCCGAGAGGCUCCAGAGCGCCUCCAAGCAGACCGAGAGUGAUCUCUCUCCACAGGAGCUCAAGAGACUAGAGCAGUUCAGCAAGCAGGGCUACCUAGUGGGUCGCAUUGGGAGGACGUUCCGUACCAACGUAGAAUCCAACAGAGGCCUGAUAGAGUUUGAUCCUGAUAGUCUGGCCUACGGAGAGGAUGUGAUUGACAAGGAGGAGAGAGACCGUACUCUUUCCAACCCUUCUACGGAAGUGCACUUGACGCUCAACGAACUGAAAGACGCGCACUGGCUCUAUGACACCCCUGGCAUCAUGAAAGAGCAUGACGUCCUCGAUCUGUUGACAGAGCAGGAGGUGAAGUUGGUGGUGCCCACACAAGCCAUCGUGCCCAGGACGUUUGUGUUGAAACCUGGAAUGUCGCUAUUCCUGGGAGCUCUAGGCCGAAUUGAUUACCUUCAGGGUGAGAAGUCUUGCUGGUUCUCAGUCAUUGCUUCCAACCGGGUCCCGAUCCACAUCACCGGUCUGGACAAGGCUGACAGCAUUUACCAGAAGCAUGCUGGUCAAAUCCUGCUGGGAGUACCAAUGGGUGGAGAAGAACGCAUGAAGGAAUUCCCCCCUCUUGUCUCCCAAGAUUUUGAGCUGAAGGGGCAGGGUUAUCCGAAAGCCAGUGCUGAUAUCAAGUUUUCCUCUGCAGGAUGGGUGGCAGUGACAGGAGUGGAGGGGAACAGUCUCCUGCUGCGUGCCCAUGCUCCAGUGGGUGCAGGGCUCUCCCUGAGGAGUCCACCUCUACUCCCCAACAUCGUUAACCUGAAGGGAGAGCGCAUCAAGAAGUCUGUUGCUUAUAAGACCAGGAAACCCCAGGCCCUGGUGGACACCAGCCUGUCCUACAAAGGAGCAGAGAGGCUCAAGGUGAAGAAGAAAAAAUGAAGUGCGUAACAACCUCUCUAUGGGGCAACAAGGGUCUUCAUGUCAAGAGGCUUUUUGUACUGGAUAUUUAUUCGUGAUACAGCACUUUCAGUUAUGGAUUUUUUUCCAUCUGUGUUUUGUAAAAUUGGCUGUAAAUGUAACGAUUAUAAAUAACCUACAUAUAAACAGUUGUAUUUGUUUAUCGAUGUGUAGACUUGUGCUUCAAUUUACAUUGCUUUCUUUCCAUUUAGACAGUAGGUAGGGAACCUUUUAGUGAAUAACUUUUUUCAAAGUAUUUUGAAACGUAAUAUACUUUUUAAACGUAUUAGUAACUGCAGAAAAUGUAAGAAAUGGAAAGGAAUCACGCACCAACAACUUUUAAUUUAGAAAUGUAGAGCAGAAAUGGUACAGGAUGUUUGUUUUAAAUACACAAAAAGGUUUUAAACAGCCAAUUGUUUUCAAAGUCUUGGGGACAAUGUCCAAUAACUCCCCACUUUGGUGAAGGUGUUAAAGUUUGUUGGCAUUUAUUGAAUUGAAAAAUAGUACAUUUCUUCACUAACUGAAAACAGUAAAUGACGGGUAUAGGCUAAAACUUCAAUAUCCCGGGCGUUAAUUUUUUUAAAUUCACUGAACACAACCGCCGCUUAUUAAAGCCGGGCUUCUAUUUCCCUAAUACACACAGCUUUUGCUCAAUAAAAUGUUGAAAAGACAUCCACACUGUUUGCGACCAGUAUAAACAUAACAAAUCCAUCGCAGAUCAGACUUGCGAAGGCUGCCUAUCAUACACCCCUGAUUUCGUGCUUCAGCACCAUGAAUUUUGUAUCGUGUUUUAUUUUUGGUGGCAUCAUGGCUAACAAUGACAUUUCUAAAAUGUUUAAAUGCACAUGACUGGGAAUAUCAGAGCUGUGUCCAUGCUGACCUCGUAAAUAUUAAAAGGGACAGGCAGCUAUUUGAGACUGCAUUUAAUUGGAAGUUUUACGGUACAUAUGAUUACACAAUAUGUGAAUGAAAAAUGGUUACAAAGAAUUAACUUUUCCUAUCAACUAAAAAGCACAAUACAGGAAGUGAACAAAAAAAAAUAGAUAAUUUACAGUGACACGGAAUCUAACCGUCUAGAUAAGAGUGCAUCGGGCUAAAUUCGACCAGUUUUCCAGGGAACCCUGGUACUAUUCUAUGCCUUCCAAUAGUCAAACUCAAAACAUAAGUCUUUAAAUUUCUAUACCUUCUCACUUUGGCAUCAUACCCAAAACACAAUAUUGCACUGAAUUUACUAAGAGUACACAUGGCAUUUUUAUUAGCUAAGUCUACCAAUCACCUCAAUAGAACACAACUAGAUGCAGAUGAAAGAAGCAUAUCACUGAUGGCACAAACAGGCUAAGCUUUGGAGGCACAAUUCUGUAAAACAUGAGUGGGGUGAUAACUGCAGAAAUCAAGUUGAUGGGUUCGAUCUGCAGAGUAAUCAAACAGUUACAACUAAACUUCCAAGGAAUGGUUAUAAAGUUAGACAGUAUAACAAUAUCAUUGAAAUCAGACCUCUUACUGUAGGAAAAUGUGACUCAAUUAACAAAGCUACACUGUUAAUAUGCAAAAACAUCAAAACAAAAUCAGAAAAUAAUGAUUGUCGAAGGCAAAAAAAAAAA